UCCUGUUCUUUUGCAGCACCCGGGACAUGGACUUCCCCCCGCAGACAGAGAUGGUGGACAUGAGGCUGGGAGAGAAGCUGAACGGGACGCUGGGGGCGGAGACUCCGGACGCCAGGUACCGUGAUGACGCGGAGAUUACAAUUCACAGCUUGCAUGGUGCCCCCCCUUCCCAUAGUACCCUAAGCAUGUUCGAGGGGAAGUCCUCCUUCAAAAUGUCCGUCUUUAACCUCAGUAACGCCAUCAUGGGGAGCGGAAUCCUGGGCCUGGCCUACGCCAUGGCGAACACCGGAAUCCUCCUCUUCCUGUUCCUCCUGACGGCGGUCGCCCUUCUGUCCACAUACUCCAUCCAUCUGCUGCUGAAGUCUUCCGGAAUUGUGGGUAUUCGCGCCUACGAACAGCUGGGGAUGAAAGCCUUCGGGACUCCCGGGAAGAUGGCCGCCGCCAUCGCUAUCACCCUACAGAACAUCGGAGCCAUGUCUAGCUAUCUGUACAUUGUGAAGUCGGAGUUGCCUCUCGUCAUUCAGACGUUCCUCAAACUCUCAGAAAAAACUUCGGACUGGUACCUGAACGGAAACUACUUGGUCAUCAUGGUGUCGGUCUGCGUCAUCCUGCCUCUGGCGCUGAUGAAACAGCUCGGAUAUUUGGGGUACACCAGCGGAUUCUCCCUCAGCUGCAUGGUGUUCUUCCUGUGCUCGGUGAUUUAUAAAAAGUUUCAGAUCCCGUGCCCCCUGCCGAUGGACAACAUCAACCAGACCCUGCUAGGGAACUUCAGCCUGCCCAGCGAGUACGCUUAUCAGAACGGUCACGCCACCGCGGAGUCAGACGUGGGACAAUGCACGCCCAAACUCUUCACCCUGAACUCCCAGACAGCGUACACGAUCCCCAUCAUGGCGUUUGCCUUCGUCUGUCACCCGGAGGUCCUUCCUAUAUACACCGAGCUGAAAGAGGGGUGUCACAUCUCAUGCUUUGUCCCGUCUCUUCCAGGCCACGUGGAGUCGGAGCUUCUACACACGUACAGCGCGGUGGACACCUUCGAUGUCCUGAUCCUGUGUGUGCGGGUGGCUGUGCUCAUCGCCGUCACUCUCACCGUGCCCAUCGUCUUAUUCCCGGUAAGUCGGCCGCUCGGGGGGAAUCCUCCGGGGGCGGUGACUUUACUCGCGGCGGUAACGUGGGGUUUUGGUGUCUCUGCAGGUGCCACGUCCGCCCCGUGUCUGAUCUUCAUCUUUCCCGCCAUCUUCUAC